UCACACUCACACCAUUCAGCUCGAGGUAAUCAAGGCUACAAGAGGUUCUACGGCAAUAAGAAAACAUGGCUGAGGCAUUUAAGUCAGCCGCGCUGGUUCUUUUUACGGAGAAAUGCUUUGAGGAAUACUUUGAAGAUCAGAAUUUUUUCGACCCUGAAUGCUUCAAAUCCACUCUCAGCAGGGGACUGGGCAUCGGAAUUAUAGCAGGAUCAUUUCUUGUUAAAUUACCACAGAUUGUUAAAAUCUCUAACAAUAAAAGUGGUCAGGGUAUAAACAUCUUCAGCGUAUUACUAGACCUCUUUGCCAUCACCGCUACGGUUGCUUACAGUUUUGUAAACGGAUUUCCUUUUAGUUCUUGGGGAGAUGGAGUAUCAUUGGGUCUACAAACAGCAGCGAUUGGUGCUCUGGUGAUGCAUUAUAACGGUGCAACUCAACAAGCGGUUGCAUUUGUUAUUGGGUAUCUAGCAAUUGUGUAUACUUUGACAAGUGGCCUAACUUCUGUGAACAUUUUGUGGUCCAUGCAAGCUGUGAAUGUCCCGAUCCUCCUUACAAGCAAGGUGAUACAAGCCUAUACGAAUUACCGUAAUGGAAAUACAGGACAAUUAUCAGCGGCCACUUCAUUUAUGCUGUUCUUCGGUUCUCUCGCUAGAAUUUUCACCUCUGUCCAAGAAACCGGCGAUUCAAUUUUGAUUCUCACUUAUGUGUGCUCUACAGCUGCCAAUGCGCUUAUCCUGUCUCAGGUACUUUAUUACUGGAACGCUAUCAUCAAACCAGCUACCAAGAAGAGUAAAAAGACUAAAUAAAUAUGUUACAUACAAGAAAUGCAGAAUGUCAAUAUUUUUUUUUUUACAUCAGCCAAAUGUGUUUAAUUAACUGUAAUAGUUAAUUAUCAAAUGAACGGUGGUGGUUUAUAGUGAAUUGUAAAAGCAACAACGCUGGAUAUGACGAAC